AUGUGCUUUUUAAGACGGCCGGGAGCGCCUGCAAGCUGGAUCUGGUGGAGGAUGCUGCGGCAGGUGCUUCGCAGAGGGCUCCAGUCGUUCUGCCACAGGCUGGGCUUGUGCGUGAGCCGGCACCCGGUCUUUUUCCUCACCGUGCCCGCAGUCCUGACCAUCACCUUCGGCCUCAGCGCGCUCAACCGCUUCCAGCCCGAGAGCGACCUGGAGCGCCUGGUCGCUCCCAGCCACAGCCUGGCCAAGAUCGAGCGCAGCCUGGCCAGCAGCCUUUUCCCCCUGGACCAGUCCAAAAGCCAGCUCUAUUCGGACUUACACACCCCUGGGAGGUAUGGCAGGGUGAUCCUCCUCUCCCCACCCGGGGACAAUAUUUUGCUCCAGGCUGAGGGGAUCCUGCAGACCCACCGAGCCGUGCUGGAAAUGAAGGAUGGGAGGAACAGUUUUAUUGGACACCAACUGGGCGGGGUAGUGGAAGUGCCAAACAGCAAGGACCAGCGGGUCAAGUCAGCCAGAGCCAUUCAAAUCACCUACUACCUCCAGACCUAUGGCUCUGCCACCCAAGACCUCAUAGGGGAGAAGUGGGAGAAUGAAUUUUGCAAGCUUAUGAGGAAGCUCCAGGAGGAACAUAAAGACCUCCAGCUGUACUCUUUAGCAUCCUUUAGCCUCUGGAGAGACUUUCAUAAGACCAGCAUCCUGGCCAGAAGCAAAGUCCUGGUGAGCCUUGUGCUGAUCCUGACCACAGCCACCCUCUCCAGCUCCAUGAAGGACUGCUUGCGCAGUAAGCCCAUCCUGGGCCUCCUGGGGGUACUCACGGUGUGCAUCUCCCUCAUCACGGCAGCAGGAAUCUUCUUCAUCACAGAUGGAAAGUACAACUCCACCCUGUUGGGAAUCCCAUUCUUCGCCAUGGGUCAUGGAACUAAAGGAGUAUUUGAGCUUCUGUCUGGAUGGCGGAGAACCAAAGAGAAUUUACCCUUCAAAGACAGGGUAGCAGAUGCCUACUCUGAUGUGAUGGUCACCUAUACCAUGACCAGUUCUCUGUACUUCAUCACCUUUGGCAUGGGCGCCAGCCCAUUCACGAACAUAGAAGCUGUGAAGGUCUUCUGUCAGAACAUGUGUGUCUCCAUUCUGUUGAACUACUUCUACAUUUUCUCCUUCUUUGGCUCCUGUCUGGUCUUCGCUGGCCAACUAGAGCAAAACCGCUACCACAGCAUCUUUUGCUGUAAGAUCCCUUCUGCAGAAUACCUGGACCGCAAGCCCGUGUGGUUCCAGACAGUGAUGAGUGACGGGCAUCAACAGACAUCUCAUCAUGAGACAAAUCCUUAUCAGCACCACUUCAUUCAGCAUUUCCUCCGUGAACACUACAAUGAAUGGAUUACCAACAUCUACGUGAAGCCAUUUGUUGUCAUCCUCUAUCUUAUUUACGCCUCCUUCUCCUUCAUGGGAUGCUUGCAGAUCAGUGAUAAAGCCAACAUCAUCAAUCUACUAGCCAGUGAUUCCCCAAGCAUUUCUUAUGCCAUGGUUCAGCAAAAAUAUUUCAGCAACUAUAGCCCCGUGAUAGGAUUCUACAUCUACGAGCCUCUCGAGUACUGGAACAGCAGCGUCCAGGAGGACCUACGGAGACUCUGCAGUGGAUUCACUGCAGUGUCCUGGGUCGAGCAGUACUACCAGUUCCUGAAAGUCAGCAACAUCAGUGCCAAUAACAAGAGCGACUUCAUCAGUGUCCUACAAAGCUCAUUUUUUAAAAAGCCAGAAUUCCAGCAUUUUCGAAAUGAUAUCAUCUUCUCCAAGGCAGGGCAUGAAAACAACAUCAUUGCUUCUCGCUUGUAUCUGAUUGCCAGGACUAGCAGAGACAAGCAGAAGGAAAUCGUAGAAGUGUUGCAAAAGUUGAGACCCCUAUCCCUCUCAAAGAGCAUCCGAUUCAUCGUGUUCAACCCCUCCUUUGUGUUCAUGGACCAUUACAGAUUGUCUGUCACAGUGCCUGUUCUGAUUGCAGGCUUUGGUAUUCUCCUGGUGUUAAUCCUGACUUUUUUCCUAGUGAUCCACCCUCUAGGAAACUUCUGGCUAAUUCUUAGUGUCACCUCAAUUGAGCUGGGUGUUCUCGGCUUGAUGACAUUAUGGAACGUCGACAUGGAUUGCAUUUCUAUCUUGUGCCUUAUCUACACUUUAAAUUUUGCCAUUGACCACUGUGCACCAUUGCUUUACACAUUUGUAUUAGCAACUGAGCACACCCGAACGCAAUGUAUAAAAAGCUCCCUGCAAGAACAUGGGACAGCCAUUUUGCAAAAUAUUACUUCUUUUCUUAUUGGGUUGAUCCCUCUACUAUUUGUGCCUUCGAACCUGACCUUCACACUGUUCAAAUGCUUGCUGCUCACUGGGGGUUGCACACUUCUGCACUGUUUUGUUAUUUUACCUGUGUUCCUAACCUUUUUCCCCCCUUCCAAAAAGCACCACAAGAAAAAGAAACGUGCCAAACGAAAGGAGAGAGAGGAAAUUGAGUGCAUAGAAAUCCAAGAGAACCCUGAUCAUGUCACCACAGUCUGA